AUGCCGCGAAUCAUGAUCAAAGGUGGCGUUUGGAGAAACACCGAGGAUGAGAUUCUUAAAGCAGCUGUUAUGAAAUAUGGCAAAAAUCAAUGGUCACGUAUUGCGUCAUUAUUACAUCGUAAAUCAGCUAAACAAUGUAAAGCACGUUGGUUUGAAUGGCUUGAUCCAAGUAUAAAAAAAACUGAAUGGAGCCGAGAGGAAGAUGAAAAACUUUUGCAUCUUGCUAAACUCAUGCCUACACAAUGGCGUACUAUUGCUCCAAUUGUUGGUCGUACUGCUUCACAAUGUUUGGAAAGAUAUGAAUAUUUAUUAGAUCAAGCCCAAAGGAAAGAAGAUGGUGAAGAAGUGGGAGAUGAUCCAAGAAAAUUAAAACCUGGUGAAAUUGAUCCAAAUCCAGAGACAAAACCAGCACGUCCUGAUCCUAAAGAUAUGGAUGAAGAUGAGUUGGAAAUGUUAUCUGAAGCAAGAGCUCGUUUAGCUAAUACACAAGGUAAAAAGGCAAAACGUAAAGCUCGUGAAAAACAGUUAGAAGAAGCCAGAAGACUUGCUGCAUUACAGAAACGGAGAGAAUUGCGUGCUGCUGGUAUUGGUGUUGGAAGAGGCAAUAAACGAAAGCGUGGUAUAGACUAUAAUGCUGAAAUACCAUUUGAAAAAAAACCAGCUCUAGGAUUUUAUGAUACUGCUAAUGAGGAGGUUGAUCCACUUGCACCAGAUUUUAGAAAGUUGAGACAGCAAAAUUUAGAUGGAGAACUGCGAGUUGAAAUUGAAGAGAGAGAAAGAAAAAAAGAUAAAGCUAAGCUUAAGCAACGUAAGGAAAAUGAAGUUCCAUUAGCUAUGUUAAAUAAUCAAGAACCUAUUAGAAAAAUGAGUAAACUUGUUCUACCAGAACCUCAGAUAUCUGAUCAAGAAUUACAACAAGUUGUAAAAUUGGGACGAGCCAGUGAAAUGGCACGAGAAAUAGCUAUGGAAAAUGGUCCUCAACAAGCUUCAGAUGCAUUGUUAUCAGAUUAUACACCUUCAAUUAAUAAUAUUCCUGGCCGCACUCCAAGAACUCCGUCUGUUUCAACAGACAAAGUUUUACAAGAUGCACAAAAUAUUAUGGCUCUUACACAUGUAGAUACUCCUCUAAAAGGAGGUCUUAAUACAGAAUUGCAAAAUGUUGAUUUCAAUGGUGUCACCCCACAACGACAAUUGAUUACAACACCGAAUACAAUUUUAGGUACUCCUCUUUCACAAAUUGCUAAUGAUGGUUUCCAAACUCCACAAAGUGAUAGAUCACUAGUAAAAGCUGGAAUGUUAACACCCACUCCUUUAAGAGAUCAAUUAAGUAUCAAUCGUUCAGAUUCUAUGGAAGUAGAUAUCAUAAAUACACCCCAAGCCAUGAAAAACUAUCAACAUCAAGUAAAAGAACAGUUGAAAGCAGGGUUAAGUACAUUACCACAACCAAAAAAUGAUUUUGAAAUUGUUGUGCCAGAAGACCAUCCUGAAGACGAAGAAACUGAAGUUCAAAAAGAUUUUGUAGAAGAUCAGUCUGAUGUAGAAAUGCGUAGUGCUGAAGAUCUUCUAGCUCGUCGGCAAUUAGAAAUGAAGUUACGAUCUCAAGUAAUUCAACGAUGUUUACCUCGUCCACCUGAUACUAAUAUUGUUUUGAGACCUUUAAAUUCAGAACCACCUCUUACAGAUCUUCAAAGGGCUGAAGAAUUGAUUAAACAAGAAAUGAUAACAAUGCUUCAUUAUGAUGCUGUCUGUAACCCUCUACCACCAGAAGUUGCUACACUUACUCAAAGUGGUCCCAAAAAACAGCCAAUCUUAACUGAAACUCAGCAUUUGGCUUAUUUGCAGGCACAUCCAUACCAACAAUUUACUGAAGAAGAAAUGGAAAAUGCGAAACAAGUUUUGAUGAAAGAAAUGGAAAUUGUUAAGCAAGGUAUGAAUCAUGGUGAAUUGUCAUUAGAUUCAUUUACUCAAGUAUGGGGUGAGUGUUUGGGACAAGUAUUAUUUCUACCAAAUCAAAAUCGUUAUACAAGAGCAAAUUUAGCUAGUAAAAAAGAUAGAAUUGAAUCGUUGGAAAAGAAACUGGAACAGAAUAGAGGUCAUAUGACUAAAGAAGCUAAAAAAGCUGGAAAAAUGGAAAAAAAAAUUAAAAUUAUUCUCGGGGGAUAUCAAACUCGAUCCCAAGGUUUGAUCAAACAAUUUAUAACUAGUAUUGAUGAAAUUGAACAAGGACAUUUAGAAUUAUCAACUUUUCAGUUUUUGCAACGACAAGAAGAAUCUGCUAUACCUAAACGACUACAGUCAUUAACUGAUGAUGUAGACCGUCAAAAGGAACGAGAAAAAAUUCUACAACAAAAGUUCUCGGAUCUAGAAACGCGAUGGAAAGAAUUACAAAUUGGAAGUGAUUGAUUAUGAAACUAUUAAUGAUGUAAUAAGCUCUCAUGUUUGUAUUUUUUUUUUAAAUUUAUACUAAACCUCUAUUAUCUUUCCAGAAAAUAGAAUUUAAAUCAUACUAUCAUGUAAAAUUAAAAAAUUAAUUUAACUUUUGUCAUACUACGUGUAUAUUUCUUAAAGAAUUUUUGUUUAUAAUCAUAAUUUUAAUUAAAUUAUAUAAUUUAAUUAAAAGUAUAGUUUCAAGAUUUUCUUCUCUC